AAGCAAAGACGGCACCACUAGAAUGAGGAACUCACCUGAACGGUACUCAAGGUUCCAGGUCUAUUCAGUUGUGGCAAAGGUGUGCAAACCAGAUCCACUGCAGGAUUCAAAAUGCCUCAAAGGAGUAACCAACACUGAAGUCCAGAGGCAGUGGUUUUGCACCAGCUGGUGUGAGGGCAGAAAAGGAGGAUACGUGGACUCUAGGUUCAUCUUCCACGACCUGCUUCAAAGACAUUCAAAGAACAUGGAAAAUGUCAAGUUUUUGAAUGUGAAGCAGAUAGAGAAGAGAGACUCUGUUUUAACCUCCAAGCAGCAGAUUGACAGACUGCUCAGACCUGGAUCAUCAUACUUUAAUCUUAACCCCUUUGAGGUAUUACAAAUUGAUCCAGAAGCAACAGAUGAUGAACUGAAGAAAAGAUUUCGAGCACUGUCUAUUUUAGUCCAUCCAGACAAAAAUCAAGAUGACCCUGAAAGAGCACAGAAAGCCUUUGAAGUUGUGGACAAAGCUUACAAACUUCUGCUGGAACCAGAGCAGAAGAAGAGAGCUGUAGAUGUCAUCCAGGCGGGAAAGGAAUACGUGGAGCAUAUGGUAAAGCAGAAAAAGAAACAACUGAAGAAGGAUGGGAAGUCACAGGAUGUGGAGGAGGAUGAUCCAGAAGUAUUUAAACAAGCUGUGUAUAAACAGACCAUGAAGCUGUUUGCAGAACUUGAAAUCAAGAGGAAGGAAAGGGAAGCAAAAGAUAUGCAUGAAAGAAAAAGGGCGAGAGAGGAGGAGAUUGAAGCUGCAGAAAAGGCAAAGCGGGACAGAGAAUGGCAGAAAAACUUUGAGGAAUCAAGAGAUGGGCGUGUGGAUAGUUGGAGGACCUUUCAGUCCAAAGGCAAAACCAAGGAGAAAAAGAGCAGGUCCUUCCUUAAACCCCCCAAAGUUAAGAUGGAGCAGAGAGAAUGAUGCCGUAAAACUGUCGAUUUAAAUAAAAAUUCAUUAUGUGUUUAUCCUCACCUGGUUUGUAGUCAGAUGUGUUAGUCAGGAUACGUGUAUGACAAGUUACUUUUCCUGAAAAAAAAAAAACAUAGUUUUGUACUUCAUUUUCUAAUGUACAUAUUUGUGGUUUGGAGCCAGCGGCGUUACCUUUCCUGUCAGAAAAGGGUGACGCAUCUUUCACUGUUGUAACUGAGAAAUGUAUGGUCUUUUUUUUUGGUAAUAAAGCUUGGUCUUAAUGAGCCUUUUUUUCUGUAAUCUACAGAGCCGAGUGUAAAAUUAAUUUUGCAGGCAUUUAAAAGAUGUGGCAUGAAUCUUUUUCUGGAUUUAAUUUGGAGUCCAACAACAAAAAGUGGAGAAAACACCAGUUUUCAUCUUGUUUAAUAAAUGGUUGUUCCGACUGCA